AGGCGCAAACAACUAUCGACUGGCAUCUGGAAAGUCGGCGGCGUCGCAUAUUUUUAAUUGACAACUAGAUAUAUUCAAAUACAAUUUGUGGAAAAUGGCCGCGCAGGUAACUCAGGUGCAGCAGUUCUUGAACGGCUACAAGGAGGACGUGAGCCGAUCACUGCGGGACGCGUCCAAGCCGUGGACCAAACUCUUCAAUACCGUGGAGGAGAAGACCGGCGUGGACAGGGUCAAUAUUUUCGUUGGUGCUGUUGGUCUCUGCGCCUUGUACCUGAUCUUUGGCUGGGGCGCCCAGCUACUGUGCAACAUCAUUGGGGUUCUGUACCCUGCAUACAUUUCCAUCCAUGCUAUCGAGUCCAGCACAAAGCAGGACGACACCAAGUGGCUGAUCUACUGGGUCACGUUUGGCAUCUUCACCGUGAUUGAAUUCUUUUCGAGUCUGCUAACUUCGGUGAUUCCCUUCUACUGGCUGCUGAAGUGUGCUUUCCUCAUCUGGUGCAUGCUGCCCACGGAACAGAAUGGUUCUACCAUCAUCUACCGCAAGCUGGUGCGACCCUACUUCCUGAAACAUCACGAAUCUGUCGACAGGAUCAUUGAUGAUGGCAUUAAGAAGGCCGCUGGUGUGCUGAAGCACGACUAGGACGCGAAUGCUUCGUCGUCCGCCCGCUGCUCGCUUAUCCAUGCAUUUGGUUUAGGGCCUGGAAACCAACCUCACCUCGUAUUGGUUACGUUUUGCAAUAAAUUUUAAUUCUGUA